AUGAGUAUCACUAGCACCAACCAUAUUAAUACCUCAGCCUCCACCCCUGCCCCCAACGACUCCGUAGAGAUCCCCACCGAUUUCAAAUCCACUCUGCCCCCUCGCAAGAGAGCCAAGACAAAGGAAGAGAAGGAACAGAGAAGAAUCGAAAGAAUCUUGAGAAAUAGGAAAGCCGCUCAUCAAAGUAGGGAGAAGAAAAGGUUGCAUUUGAAAUUCCUAGAACAGAAAUGCAGCAUCAUGGAAAGAAUACUCGCUCAUAUCACCGACGAUCAAUUGUAUCAAUUGAUAGGAAAUGACAAAGCGGGCGUCUCUCUCAUGGAAGAAUAUCAUUCCAUCUUGAAUACCGAUGACGAAACGGAGUUCGUUAACAAUUUCAAUUCUAACGUGACUCCAUCAGCAACCACUUUCAACACUUCUUCGUCUUCACCUUCUCCCUCGGAAAAAUCUAACACUACUGAUGCAGGUAAUCUUGACAUUGUUAACGUCAAGAAUGAAGAACUGGAAACGGAUUUCAAAUUCCAAGUGAUUCCCUCCGUUACGGAUACGGUUCCCAGACAAGCAAAUACAAGAUUAAGUGGUGUCCCUCAAUCUCAAUCUCAAUCAGACUCCAACUCAGAUUCUCCAUGUAGUGUAAUGUCCCCCGUUUCCAACAUAACGAUGGAUGAUGAAUUGUUUUUCGAAAAGACAAGCUACUACAAAUCUGCUAACAACAUCUCUACUUCCGUCUCCUUUAAUUCUUCUCCCUUACAAAAGCAAGAUUCGAAUGGAAGUUGGGACCUAUUAAUGAAUAGAAAUGAUUCUUUAUUAAAGGACGCUUUAGAACCAGCUUAUGAAUACCAAUAUGAUACCACUGAUCAUUUAAGAGUAAUUGACAUGGACGAAUUAACGAAAACAAAAAUGCCAAUGUUCUCAACAAAUAAUAAUAAUAAUAACGACGGUUCCUACGAUCUUGACAAUUGGCGUAAUCCAGCAGUGAUUACUAACCUAUGA